CAUCUAUGGCUAUGUGAUACAUAUUGAAAUUCUUUAGUUGUAACUGACAAAGUUUUCUGAGAAAAUAAGGAUUAUUAUUGAGAGAAUGGCUGGCUCAUCGGAAGAGGGACAAGUCAUUAGCUGCCACACCGUUGAAGAAUGGAACGAUCAACUCCAGAAGGGCAACGAAUCCAAGAAACUCAUUGUUGUGGAUUUUACUGCUUCUUGGUGUGGACCAUGCCGUUUCAUUGCACCAUUCUUGGCUGAGCUGGCUAAGAAGUUCACAAGUGUCAUAUUCCUAAAGGUGGAUGUGGACGAAUUAAAGAGUGUUUCUCAAGAUUGGGCUAUUGAGGCUAUGCCCACUUUUGUGUUUGUGAAAGAGGGAACGCUUCUGGACAAAGUGGUGGGAGCAAAGAAGGAUGAGCUGCAGCAGAAAAUACAGAAACAUGUGGCUUCAGCUAGUGCUUAAUCUAGCUCACCUUCAGAAACUUUAUAUAUGCGCUUUCUUUUCAUAAUCUUGUACUAGACUUAUGUUGGUAUUUCUGUUAUUGCACCAAUCAGCUUUUCAAAGGUGAUGACUCCUAUCAUCUAUUUCUGAAUAGUAGUAACUGGUCCUUUCUUCCGUCUUAAAUAAUAGUGGAUGGUGCUAUAUCAUGAAUCUUAAUUACAUAGACCUUCCUGUUUUCCCUUUUAGUAUUAAAACAUAUGGGAAUUCUAUUUUACUGGUA